AUGAAAUCAGUGUUUGUAUUGUGCUUAAUAGCCUUUUUUGGCUUAACCGUUGCCGAGACAACUCUAUAUCCAAGGGGUUGUAUUUACGCGUUGGGAAAAUGUGUUCGUGAAUGCGAAGUCGGGACUCAUGCUUAUACUACUGGCUGUGGUUACCUUACGCCAGAAGCUACUUGCGAGAAUCCAAACCCAGCUACUGAUAUGAGGGCUCGUAUUUGCGAUUACUCGGCUUGUUAUUGCGAUCCUCCCACAGUGAGGAAUAAAGUGAAUAACAAAUGUGUACCUCUUGAAGAAUGUCCUAACUUAUCGCUGCUUGACAUAAUAACAGCGCUGCUACCGCUAAAAGGUUGCCGAAUUAUUAGCUCCGUCUCUCAUACGAUUCCCUGCUCAUCAGACACUGAGGAAAAACCCGCCCUCCACUGCUUCUGUAGUGUUUUGUCCUUCAUCUGGUUUUUGUCUAAGGCCUGGCUGAACGGUUUUGAAUGUGAUGAAGGAAUCCAUGCCUACAGCAUCAGCUGUGGUUAUCGCAAGCCAGAACCCACUUGUGAUAACCCACACCCGACCAUCGACCAACGAGGCUACUUCUGUGACUACUUCACCUGUGACUGUUUUUCACCAACAGUCAGAAAUAAACUCAACGAUAAAUGUGUGCCUCUUAAUGAAUGUCCAAAAUAA